AUUGAUAAAUUGUUGUUAAUCAAAAGCAACCUUUAAAAAUUACAGUCAGGAUUGCCAACAGAUUUAUUCAUUGUGCAUCACUUUGUACAUAUAAUUUAAAACAUGUUUUAACAAUAAUUAGCUUUUAAGAGAAUUAGCGUUUAUCAGAAAUCAGCGCUCACGCUUUUGCCCAUGUGCUAUUGACGUGUUGACUGUUUUGAGGUUACAAAUAAUGUCGGCAGUAGAUAUAAAGAAAGUAUAAUGGAAAGUUCAGAUUCUCACACGACUCCUACAAAAAAAUCAUUUAAAUGUACACAGCCAGGGUGUAAUGCCUCUUUUUUAAAGAAUAGCAAGUUAAUUAUCCACACUCAUAAACAUACCGGCGAGCGUCCCUUCGUUUGUGAAGAACCGGGCUGUAAUAAAACCUAUACGAACAACUCUCAUUUGCGAAGGCACAAAAAAGUUAGCCAUGGUCCCAAGGAGUCACAGACGGUGAUUUGUGAAGUCCCAGGUUGUGGCCUCGUAUUAGCCAACAAGUACUCAUUAAAAAAACACUGCACUCGAAAACACAAUUCACAAUAUCCGUUUAAAUGCGGGGAGUGUGAUCAAGGAUUUCAUAGGAAAAAGCAACUGCAGCAACAUGCGUAUAUUCACACUGGUGAAGCUCCAUUCAGUUGUGACCAAUGUAAUAUGAAAUUUACCACAGGACAAAAUCUUAAUAAACAUAAGAGAUCACAUCGUGUGUACACCUGUGAUUGUAAAGAGGAAUUUCAUAGAUGGUCUUUACUUUUAGCACACAAAAAAACAUGUGAAAGGAAACGGUUUAGGUGUGACGUCUGUGAUAAGACGUUUACCCAUAAAGGCAAUUUUAAUGACCAUAAGGCUGUUCAUAUGAGAGAAAAUGAAAAACUUGUCUUUCCUUGCAAAUUUCGAGAUUGUAAAAGGUUCUACUUUCACAAAAGAAACUUAAUACAUCAUAUUAAGACUUUUCAUAGGAAAAAUAAUACAAAAACUAGCUUUAAAUGUACUUAUCCCAACUGUCAAGUUAUUUUAAAAACCAAGCAAUGUUUGAAAAUGCAUCUUCAAAGACAUUUUAAAUGGAAGGUGAAAAAAACUCGGCAAACGAGACGUGAUAAAGGAAAACCAACCAAAUCAAUGAUUUCCGUGUUAUUAGGUGAAGAAUUUCAACAGAAUAAAGAAAAUAAAAAUGUAAACCAGAUGCCUUGUACUGAAGAAAUGACCGAUGAUUGUUUAUUGAAACAGUGUGACUUGGCAUUAGAGUUGUUAAAUGAAAAAUUAAUUGCGUCAAGAUAAUUACAAAAAGAUUAAUUAUUAUUUGAAACAAUUUCAUUUAAUCCCUUUAUUGUCCAAAACGUCAUUCUAAAAUAAAAUCCUAGUUAAUUUUC